GCCGACAACAAAUGUUUUCAUUUAAUUUCAAGAACGCAAGCAGACAAGUCGUGAGGGUCGAAAAAUGCUGCCUGAAAUUAUUCAAGUUCUACAAUGCGAGGAUGGUCACGCAACUCUUGAAAGGAUUUACGCGUAUAUGAAGAACAUUCUACCUGCGUCCACCCCAUGGGAAGUCCGACAGAGUGUUCAAGACGGUUUGAAUGCAGGCACAAAUUGUGGCUUAGUUCUCAAAACCGAAAAAGGAUUCAAAUUAGGAGUGAACUUACACAAACCAGAAUCGGCCCAAUUUGUUUCAGCUCUGGAAACCCUCCAGCAGGAAAUACAAGAACGAAAGAGUCUUCCGGCGGGGGAACCCGACGAAGCCGUUGCCGGCAGUUCGCGAUUUGUGGAUCGUAAUUCUGGUUCCGGUAUGCGCCCUCCUGCUCAGCGGCAAACUAUUGCGACUAACCGCCGCCGGAACGAACCCAUCGUCGUUGCCACCGGCAGAUCCACCCCUGCGGAAUGUGGUCCGGGUUGGCGUAGACGUCCACUCGCGCAGAGGCAGGCUAUUGCCAUAUCACGCCGCAGGCAAGCGGAGCAGAGGGCACGUGAAAUAAUUCGCUCCCGGAGACAGGGAAGAUCUCCAGCUAGACGUGGGUCUCGUUCGCGUUCACGUUCCCGGUCGUCCCGUAGACGGUCCAGAUCGAGGGCUCGAUCUCGGUCCCGAUCGCGUUCACGGGGAUGAGUUUAAAUAAUUGGAUAUAUUUAUAUGAUAUUUUUUUAUAUUUAUUUUUGAUCAAUUUAUUAAUUCCAAAUCUAGUAGCUAUGUUUGAAAUAAAAAAAAAAUUGUUUCACAGUUUUUAUCAA